CACAGACACUUUCCUUAUAUAAUCAACCAGCUUAAUUAUAUUACUUGUACUUGUGUCUUUUCCUUUAUUUUAUAAAUUUAUAUAUUACUAUAAUAUCUUCAUCCUUCCCUCCUCCUUUUUUUGUUUUUAUUUUUCAUUUUUUGAAUCGAUGGCGAACCGGUGGUGGGCUGGACAUGUAGGUCUACCGGGAGGAGGAGUACUGAACGAAACCUCAGCCGUAGCAGCCGCCGGCAGCUCCCUCAUGAAAAACAUCAUCAAACCAGAUCUGGGAAUCUCCAUGAACAACACCGGAACGAGCAGCCUCGGAGGAUCCGGGGGUGAUGAAGAUGAUAACAACAGCGACGACCCCAAGGAAGGAGCCAUCGAAGUCGCCACGAGACGACCUAGAGGCCGUCCGCCUGGCUCCAAAAACAAGCCCAAACCCCCAAUCUUUGUGACUAGAGACAGCCCUAACGCUCUCCGCAGCCACGUCAUGGAGAUAUCCAACGGGGCCGACAUCGCUAACAGCGUAGCCCAGUUCGCCAGGAGAAGGCAGCGCGGCGUCUGCGUCAUGAGUGGGAGCGGCACCGUCACCAACGUCACGCUCAGGCAGCCAUCCGCGCCCGGCGCAGUCAUGGCGCUUCACGGGAGGUUCGAGAUUUUGUCCUUGACUGGAGCGUUUUUGCCUGGCCCUGCACCGCCUGGGUCGACUGGAAUGACCAUAUACUUGGCAGGCGGGCAGGGCCAGGUUGUUGGAGGAAGCGUGGUGGGACCCCUUGUGGCUUCAGGGCCCGUGAUGGUGAUCGCAGCGACGUUUACAAAUGCGACGUAUGAGAGGUUGCCGUUGGAGGAGGAAGAAGAGCAAGCAGGAGGGGGUACUAGU